UUACGAACUGUGAUCACGAAUAUUAAUUUACAACAAAUCAACAAAUCCAGUGCACGUGAUUUUUGAAAUAGCAGAACUAAUUAAAUUGUAAAUUUUGUCUUUUCCAUAAUAAAAUAAUAAAACAAAUAUGCCGAAAUCAAAAAGGGAUAAGAAAGUAUCACUUACAAAAACCAACAAAAAAGGUUUAGUACACAAACAAAAAGUCAUAGAAGAAAUAAGAAAUUCACUGAGCAAAUAUGAACACAUAUUUUUGUUUACCAUCAAUAACAUGAGAAAUACAAAAUUAAAGGACCUACGGAAUGAUUGGAAGGAUUCCAGAUUCUUUUUUGGAAAAAAUAAAGUAAUGGCUAUUGCUCUUGGUAAGACCAAGAGUGAUGAAAUAGAAGAGCAACUAAAUCUGUUAUCAAAAAAAUUAAAAGGUCAGUGUGGAUUGCUAAUGACAAAUAGAGAUGUGCCUGAUGUACUGAACUGGUUUAAAAGUUAUCAAGCAUCAGAAUAUGCAAGAGCUGGCUUCAUUGCAACAAAAGAUGUUUUAUUACCCAAAGGUCCUCUAGCAGAUUUUUCACACACUAUUGAGCCACAUUUAAGACGUUUGGGCUUACCUACAUCUCUAGAAAAAGGUGUUAUCAAUCUAAUAAAAGAAUAUCAGGUUUGCAAGAAAGGUGCUCCACUGACCCCAGAACAAGCAAGUAUAUUAAAAUUGAUAGGCAUAGAAAUGGCAGAUUUUAAGUUAGUGAUUAAAUGUCACUGGACAAAAGGAAAAGGUAUCCAUAUAGACAAUGAUUCUCCAAGUGAUGAAGAAGAGGCAGAGAAUGAUGAUCAUCAAGAAAAUGUACUUGUAGACGAAAUAAUGGAAGAGACAUAACUAUUUUAUUUAAUCACAAUAAAUUAUGUUAAGCA